CUUUCAUGACUGUCUUCCCGUAUAACCGCUCCGUCUCCACAGACUGCACCGUCAGCGAGUGGAGUCCUGGCGCGACACCGGCCUCCAAGAGAACGCGCACCGCGUACACGAGCGCGCAACUGGUGGAGCUGGAGAAGGAGUUCCACUUCAGCCGCUACCUGUGCAAACAGCGGCGGGUGGAGAUGGCCGCCCUGCUCAACCUCCACGAGAGACAGAUCAAGAUCUGGUUCCAGAACCGCAGGAUGAAGCAGAAGAAGGACGAGAGGCUGCAGGGCCCCAACACCAACACCACCACCACCACCACCGCCACCACCUCGUCCUCCUCCCCCCCGUCCUCUCCCUCCGCCCCGGGCAGCCCCACCCUGUCGAGCCUGGGUUAUGUCCAUCUGGGAGGGGAUUUCCAGCCGGCCUCCCCUCCGCCCGAGCCUCAACCACCGCACCCGGCAGAAUACUCCAAAUACCCCGCUGCCGGCUUUGGGCACGACCCGCAGUUUGUCAACGUGCUCUACGACACACACGCCUCCCCGCGCUGCACAGACCCGGAUGUAGAUCUCAACGGGUCAUAUUUCCAGCAGAGCUGCACGCAGGACAGAAUCAUGCAAGCUCCAAAACUGACUCAUCUGUAGCGGAAACACCUCCUUUAAUAUAUAGAAGAAGCUUGGUCUUGAUGCAUGCAUUUUAUUAAUAAUGUAUUGCAAGAAUUCAUCUGGAUUUUAGUCUCAGGUCUUAUCUAUUUGUAUUUAUAAAGAUUUAUUCGUUUUAAUACACAUUAUCGUGCUUUUUUUCAGCGACAUUCUGUGUAUCUCAGAUUAAAAUGUGCUACGCUGUUUUUUCAGCUCCAUAAAU